AUGACCGCCUUUGACCUUUCAAGUCUAACAGAAGCCCUGGAUGGACUUCAGUGCAACGCCAAUCUGAACGGCCAGCUUCAGCGGUGCACUGAGAGAAACUGUCCCGUUUUCAACUACAACGACAUUGACACCCAUCUUUGCACAACUCAUGAAACCUAUAUGCGAGGCGCCAUCUUCCGCAGGCGCUUUCCAGGCUUUGAAACGACAGCCUUGGUUUCGGGUGACCAGUCUAUUCUGUCUGUAGCAGGACCAGUCACUGAAAAUAUCCGAAUCGUUCGCGGCAACCGAAGCACUACUGUCUUCUUGGGAGCACAUCUUGAUGAGCUGACAGCUGGCUUGCACCACGGAAUCAAGGCUGGCAUUCUCCACUACAUCAAUGACUACAUUCUCUUUCUCGGAGACAGCCAAGACAAGUACGACAUCCUGUCAAGGAGCAAGUCUCAUUUUGGGGCGAGCAUCUGA